UUUAAUUUCUGGGAAUUGUUAGUUCAAGUCUAAGUUAGUUCUUGAAUACUUAUUAUUUUGGUUUGGGGAUUUGGUGAUUGUGUGGAAUUAGUAGUUUAAGUAGUGAGAAGAUGGAUGAGAAAUUUUGGUUUAAUGAAGGAGAUAAGGCUAUGGUGGAAUCAGUAUUGGGUACUGAGGCCUGUGAAUUCUUGAAGUCAUCCGCCUCUAGUAAUGUGUUGGCUGAUAUGGUUUCACCUCCUGGUGAUUUGGGUGUGCAGCAGGGGCUAUGCCAGAUAGUUGAUGGAUCCAAUUGGAACUAUGCAAUUUACUGGCAUGCCUCAAACCUGAAAUCUGGUGGGUCUGUUUUGAUCUGGGGAGAUGGGCACUGUCGGCACCCAAAAGAUGGUGCUAUUGGAGAUAUUAAUUCUAGUGGGGAUGAAAAUUUGGAAGAAGUUGAGAGGAAAGAGAAGGUGAAAAAGCAGGUGCUCCAAAAGCUACAUGCUUCGUUUGGUGGGUUGGAGGAGGAUAAUUACACGUCAAGGUUAGAUGGUGUGUCAGAUGUGGAGAUGUUUUAUCUCACUUCAAUGUAUUUUAGCUUCCGAUGUGAUUCGGCAUAUGGUCCUGGGGAGUCUUAUAAGUCUGGUAGAUCGAUGUGGGCUUCAGGCGUAGUUAGUUGUGUAGAUCAUUAUCAAUCAAGAUCCUUUCUAGCCAGGUCAGCUGGAUUCCAAACUCUAGUGUUUGUUCCUGCAAAGUCUGGAGUUGUGGAGCUUGGUUCGGUCAAAUUAAUUCCAGAGGAACAGAGUUUUGUGGAGAUGGUCAAAACUGUAUUUGGGGGAUCAAGUUCUGUGCCACAGAAGGCAAUUCCAAAGAUUUUUGGGCGUGAACUAAGUCUUGGUGGCUCAAAAUCACGAUCAAUCAGCAUUAACUUUUGCCCUAAAGUGGAAGAUGAUUUGAGUUUCCCUUCAGACUCCUACGACUUACAAACAAUUGGUACGAAUCAGAUUUAUGGCAAUCCAUCAAAUGAUUGUCGGUCUGAUGAUAAUGAAACAAAACUUUUUCCGCAUUUGAACCAAAUGAUUGUUGGGGGUUAUGAUGCGCAAGCAAGGGUGUCUGGUUUGGAGCUGAAGGAUGACUCUCCAUCUCAGGCAGAUGAGCGGAAACCAAGGAAGAGAGGGAGAAAGCCUGCGAAUGGGAGAGAAGAGCCAUUGAAUCAUGUAGAAGCUGAGCGGCAGAGGCGUGAGAAGCUUAACCAGCGGUUCUAUGCCUUAAGAGCAGUCGUGCCUAAUAUCUCUAAGAUGGACAAGGCCUCUCUGCUUGGCGAUGCCAUUACUUAUAUUACAGACCUUCAGACAAAAAUCAGGCUUUUGGAAACCGAGAAGGAGAUGGUAAACAUUAAGCAAAGGCAGAUUUCUCUGUCAGAGAUUGAUUUUCAACCAAGACACGAGGAUGCAGUUGUGAGGGUGAGCUGCCCUAUGGAUACUCACCCGGUUUCUGGGGUGAUGAAAACAUUCAGCGAACAUCAGAUUAUAUCUCAAGAGUCUAAUGUGUCUACAACAGAUGACAAGGUUAUUCACACAUUUUCCAUUCGGACCCAAACUGGUGCUGCCGAACAGUUGAAGGAGGAAUUGGUUGCUGCUCUUUCUAAAUGAUAUGAUUGUACAUUAACUUGUGUGUAUUAAGGGGCACACUCCGCAUGCCAAGUCAUGAAUGGCAUCUCCUUGUAGAAAAGUUUAAUAGUCUUGUGGCUGACAAACUGGUGAGUGUCUUUGUUUGCAUUAAUGAUCUGUACUCUAACUUAGAAGUGUUGAAUGAAUAUUUUCUCAAA